GGAACUGGUGUUUUGUUUUUUCACCGGAGUUUUAAUUUCAUGGAGGCGAGCUUCCAAGUUGAAUCUGUGAUUGAGUUCUUGAGGAAAAAUGGCUUAAAAGAAUCUGUGAAAGCUCUCGAACAAGACAUGGUGGAGAAAAAUGAAGAAGAAAAAGUGGGAGCUUUUCAUUUCGAGAAGUUCUUGUUCCCCAUGCCGCCGCCGGUGAGGAUUCCGGCGACAAUACGGAGAUUGGAGGUGGACGAGAUAGUGAAUUCCAGGGAUGGUUCGGGCUCCGAUGGCGAUGAAUUCUUCAGCUUGAGGUCUUCUUCUAGUGACGUUUGCUCUUCAGACUGUGUGAAUCCAUAUGGACUUCAUCCUGCAUCUCAGGCUGAUUCCGAUACUUCUUCCGAUCGAUUAUCUCAAUUCGGGACGGCACGUUAUUAUCCUGAUUUCGAAAUGCAGAAUGACUUGUUUUGGCACGAUGACAAAGACGAAGACCACUUCUUGACCCCUUGCUUUGCUGGGUCAGAUUUCUACGGCUGCCCGAGUCAGGAUAAGUUUGUCACAACUUCGGAGAUGGAGAUGCAACGUGAUAACGUGCUGAUUUCGUAUGACAAAUCCAAUGGAUUUCAAACCGAAGAUGUCAUUGAUUACUUGGACAAGCCAUGCCUUUUUAAUAUGACCAGCAUAAAUGGAGAAAAUGAGGUUGGAGUUAUGGAUCAUUAUCAUUUUGAUAAAAGUAAUGGGCUUGAAGGUGACAUUGUACUCGGGUUGAAGAACUGUGCUUAUGAGUCUGAGGGACCAGGUCUUUAUGAUGAAAAUCCGCUGAACUUCAGCUCUAUAGGCUCUAAAGGAACAGAUAUUGAUGAUUUUCAGCUAAAGGUUGCUGGAGACAUUGACAACGAUCAUAAUGGAGAUUCAAAUGAUUUUAUUGAUGGGUUUGGAGGUGAUUCUGACUUCGUGAACAAGAUUUCCGAGAAAAAAUUAUUACCUGAUACAAUUGACAGUAAUGAAGUUGAAGAUGGAGAACUCGGUGAACUUCAGGAUGCUGCAAAUGAAGAGGGCGACGCUACGGAUGCACUUCAAAUGUACUCUAAUGAGGAUGAAUGUGAAGUUUUCGAUUUGCGAAUCAUUCACAGGAAAAACAGGACUGGAUUUGAAGAAAACAAGGACCUGCCGAUUGUGCUACAUACUGUCAUUGCUGGAAGGUAUUAUGUUACUGAAUACUUAGGUUCGGCUGCUUUUAGUAAGGUUGUUCAAGCGCAUGAUCUUCUCAUGGGGAUUGAUGUUUGCCUGAAGAUCAUAAAAAACGACAAAGAUUUUUUUGACCAGAGUUUGGAUGAAAUUAAACUUCUAAAGCUUGUUAAUAAGCAUGAUCCCGGAGAUAAGUGCCACAUUUUGCGUCUCUACGACUAUUUCUAUCACCAGGAGCACCUCUUCAUUGUCUGUGAACUGCUUCAAGCAAACUUGUAUGAAUUUCAGAAAUUCAAUCAUGAAUCGGGUGGCGAAGCUUAUUUUACACUAAGCAGGUUGCAGGUCAUAACUCGCCAAUGUUUGGAGGCACUCGAUUACUUGCAUGAGUUGGGAAUAAUUCACUGCGAUCUAAAGCCCGAGAAUAUUCUCAUAAAAAGUUAUAGACGAUGCGAGAUAAAGAUUAUUGAUCUUGGAAGCAGUUGCUUCCGGUCCGACAAUCUAUGUCUAUAUGUUCAAUCUCGCUCCUACAGAGCCCCGGAAGUCAUCCUUGGCCUGCCAUACGACCAGAAGAUUGACCUUUGGUCUCUUGGAUGUAUCCUUGCUGAGCUAUGUUCUGGGGAAGUGCUGUUUCCAAAUGAUGCAGUCGUGAUGAUCCUUGCGCGGAUGGUUGGAAUGCUCGGUCCUUUCGACAUGGAGAUGUUGGAGAACGGGCAAGAGUCAUACAAGUAUUUCACAGAAGAAUAUGAUUUGUACCACAUGAACGAGGAGACGGACCAACUAGAAUACAUUAUUACCGAGGAGUCUUCCUUGGAGCUGCAUCUUCAAGUAUCCGAUGUGUUGUUCAUCGAUUUCGUUAGACAUUUACUUCAGAUGAAUCCUCAAAGGCGCCCAACUGCAAAACAGGCAUUACAACACUCAUGGCUUUCCUACUCGUACUAAACCGGAACUCACCGGAUUGCUGGAGGAACGACGCUUUCAUCGAGCAAUAUCUUACGAGUGAGUCGAGCAUAUUAUCGAUUUCAAUUUUGGUUUUAUGUAUAGCAAAAAAAAAAAAAAAAACCGCAUCGCACUUGAUAUUUAUUCACAUUUUUUUCCUGUACAAAGCUCUUCCCCAAGUUUUCCCACUAUCUACAUUGUUUUGAGUGACAAU